ACAUCAAUUUGCUAAAUCUUUAAUGCUCCCGAUUUCACAUGCCAAAUAUGCUACUGUACCGCUUGUUUGAUAUCCAUUCAUGUAUCUUCCACCACACCAACAGCAACAAAACAAACAACAACAAGAUCAAUCUCCUGUUUCGGCAAAUAUGUUCUACGUGACAACUCUUGAGCAUGAGAUUGUGCUGGAGCCUGUGUACUUUGGACCCAAACUUAGGGCCACCAUUGUCCGGUUACUCAAAGAAGAAGUAGAAGGAUUGGCCCUAGCAACCUAUGGCUACGUGGUCAAUGUGAUUGAGGUAUUGGAAGAUCAAAUCAAAUCUGGGAUUAUUGAAUACGAUACAGGGAAUGUGGUGUUCACUGUAAAAUACACGGCACUGUUGUUGCGUCCCUUCAUCAACGAAGUGCUGGAUGCCACCGUGUCACAGUGCAACUCACUUGGAUUCUUUGCCUUUGUGGGUCCACUUCGUAUUUUUGUGUCCAAGCAUUCCAUGCCAGAAGACAUGUUCAAUGGAUAUGACGGGGAAAAAGAUGCUUGGAUCAGUGACGAUAAGGAAGUGAUUAUUUCCUCGGGUUGUGGCGUCCGUCUCAAGAUCAAGGGUCGGACCGUAGAAUCGGGCAACAUCACAGCCAUUGGUACCAUCAAAGACAAUUAUCUUGGUUUGGUAGAUGACGGCGAGGCUGCCAACUAAUAAACGAAAUUAGACGGAUUGGUGGCAGCACUUCGGAUUUCCCCCUAUCGUCCAGCAUCAAACGUUCAGCAGUUUUUCAACUAGGGGUGGGGUGUCCAUCUUGCCUGCCACACAGUACCGCUAUCAUACGGUACCAGUAGCACGAACAGUGGAUAACAUGCUCAAGCAAAUACGGCAUCCAAAACAACAGUGGCGAGUGGCCAUGGGUAAAAGAUGAUGGUCCUUCUUGCUCGAUUAUUCGGUCUUAUCCUUUUUCUGGCAAGCAGAUCUUUCAUCCCUUCAAACAUAUUGGAUAAACAUGGCCGAGUUGGGUGCAACACUAACAGCAAACCCAACAGAACUGUUGCAUCUCCCUUCUCUUUCAGGGUGGUAAAGAUUCGUGCCACACCUCCCACCAGAUUCAGUGAAUUGGUGACAAUGGAUUGUGCCCCUGUGUGUUGUGUGUUGGACUUUAUAGGUUGCAAAGACUUGAGCUCUUCGAGAAAUAGAUGCGAAAACGUUUAGUCUAAGGUUUGCUUCUAGCCCUUAUUACUACCCGUUCAAAGCUGUCUUCUUGUUUGAUAAUCGUGACUCAAGAAACCUCACUACGUUUUGAGAAUGAAACGGGGUUUAGUUUUAGAGCACGGAGAUGAUCGAGGACGGCACCCGUCGAAUGAAUCUCGAUCACUCCUCCGACCUCUGGACGCAUACUAGCUAGUAUGACCAUGUCACCUCAAGCCUGUCCCUUGGACUUGGUAGCUGUACGGUAUGCAACAAUUCAAUCGAUAGAGGGCCAAUUAUAUAGAAUUGAGUAAAUAUUAAUACACAGACCUGUCUCCC